UGAUAACGCGACGAGAAACGUCGGCAGCAUAAGGGUUUUCAGUAUUUGAGCUAUAACAAUUAACAUUAUUAACAACAUUAUUCUUGUUAUUCGGAUGUUGUCGAUGGCUCACCUCAAAUGACAAUAUUAUACUAACGAGAUAAAUUUAACUAUAAUUAAUUUUCAAUAUUUCAGUAAUUCCUUAUUCGUCGAUUUGUUUUUCAAUUAUUUCACAAAUAAUUGAUCGCAGAUUAUAGUUUUGGAUACACCGUUCGAUUAGUUGACUGUACUGAUUUUUACGUUUUAGAUCCGUACGAAUCAUAUUAUAUUCGAUAUUAAUAUAUUUGCUCAUAUUUUGUUAUUGUCUUGGCUGUUGGCUUUAUUUCCCCGCCUAAAUAGAACAUUUGGUUGAACUAUCAAAAAUUAUUUUAUCCAUAGACAUGUAUGUUCAAGUAUCAGCAAGUGAAAACAGUGAUCCUAUUGACAUGCCUACGGAAGGUGACAACAGUCUUCUGUUAUCUACUUUAGAAGCACAAUAUCCUGGAAUAAUCGGUUUGAAGUAUCGUGUUAACAAUAGGUUGCGUAUAGUACGUCUCAAUGAAGGCAAAUUGUACCCUCCCGAAGAUGGCUGGUUAGAUCGUAUGUAUAUGUGCAAUUUUAGAAAUACACCUACAGAAAAACGUAAGCACAGUGAAAUUGAUGAUUGUAAUAAGGCAGAAGAUGAUAACAGUGUUUCUGAUAUGGAUUUGGUUGUACUCGGUUUACCGUGGAAGGUAACUGAAGAGGAUUUGAAAAAAUAUUUCACCAAAUUUGGUCAGGUAGAAUAUACUCAAAUUAAGACUGAUCUUAAUGGUAAAUCAAAAGGGUACGGAUUUGUCAGGUUUAAGCAUAAGAAAUCUCAAGUCCGCGUUAUGCUAGAACGGCACAACAUUGAAGGUCGAUGGUGUGAUGUACGUAUACCAAAUAGUAAAGAUAAACAUGUGAAUAAAGUUCCGCGUAAAGUAUUUAUAGGUCAAGUGUCUGAAGACGUAGAUGAAGAUGCAUUAAAAAAUUAUUUUAUCAAAUUUGGUGAAAUAUCAGAUUUAUUUUUACCCAGACCACAUAGAGGUUUUGCAUUUGUGACAUUUACUGACCCUUUAUCAGCUCAAAAGGUUAUUGGUAAAGAUCAUAAAGUUGGUGACUGUAGUGUGGUGUGUACAGAAGCUAUACCAAAAAAAGAAAUGGCUCCCAAAUGGAAUGAUUACGAUAGUAGAGACAGAGUUAAGGAUAGGAGAAGAGAACGAUCGCCCAAUCAGCCACAAGCCUGGUCCCAAGAUCACGUUUGGGACUAUGAUCAGGAAUAUUAUGACCGGUUAUAUAGCCGAGGAAGUGGUCAUCAAUCAGUCAAUAAUAGUUAUGGAAAUGAUAAGAAUAUAAAUUCAGACAUGGUAGCAGCUGCAGUGAACAAAGCAGUAAUGGGAGUGAUUGGAAAUUUGAAAGGACAGGGUAAUCAAGGUGAUAAAUUACCAGGAACAGAUGAUUGGUGGAUGAGGAGAUGAAUAAGUUAUUAAAGUCAAAUAUUAUCUUUGAUAUAUGUUUAUAAAUAAAUGUCCAUCAAACUAGUAUUGAUAUUAUAGAAUUGAUUUUGACUACCCAAGAUUAAUGGGGAAAAAAUCAAUAAAUACAGCUAUUCAAUUAUUAAUAAAUUAAAUGUUAAUACACCAGUCAUUGACUAUCACUUGCAAGUUCCUCGAUAAUAUUCUUACUAUAGGUACAAAACAAACUGUAUUCAAAUAAAUUUUAUUUUAAUAAUAUGUUGUAUAGAUGAUUCGUGCAUUCACUUAAAUUGACAAUUCUACAUCUGUAUUAUCACAUUUUUUUUUUUUAAAUAUCUUUCAACUGAAAUUUAAUGUAAACAUUACAUCACAUCUUACCCUCAUUUAAUUUAAUUUAGUAAAGAAAAGAAAAAAAAUUAUUGUUAUAUUAUCUUCACUGUUGCCAUUUUUGUUUAUUUUUUAAAGGAUUUUAAUCAAUUGUCGGUAUGAAAAAAUAGAACAAACAAAUUUUAACAAAAUUAUGAUUUAAAAAAAGUGUCUUAUUAUUAUUUAUUAUUAAAUUAUACAUUUUUGGAAUAAUUUUUUUUCUUACCAAUGUAGAUAGAAUUACAUUAUUAUAGAAUUUAUGAAAUAUUUAUGUUUGUUUCUUUCUACAUAAUCGCGUUCAUUUUCCCAAUACAAUAUUAUGUACCUCUAUAUUAUAUGUCUUUCUUAAUUAAAUUAUAUUUUCAUAAACACUACAGUAAAGUUUGUUCACAUUGUUUUUAAAUUUAAAAGUUAAGUAUAUGUGUUAUUCAAAUUAAUAUUCAUAAUAAAAAUAAAAAUGUUUCGUGUAAUAUUUUUUUUUUUUAAGAAUAUUAUUUAUCAAUUUUUCCAAUUUAUAUAAAUGUCCUAUAUAAUUUUUUAAAGAAUAUAUAUUAUAUAUUAACUAUUUGUUUGAAAUUUGUACUCAUAAUAAAACAUUUGUUUCUACUUACAAAUUUUUAACUGUAUUAUGAGGACCUCACACCCGCAUGAUAUUGUGUUUUCUGUCUUAUAAACGUAUACAUAAAAUUCAACAGAACCAAUUUUGUUGAGUGAGAUAUUAUAUGUGUUUUUAAAAUAUUUUUAUUUUUGACUUAUAAUAUUUUACAGUUAUGCCUGAAUAAAAAUUAAAAUAUUGUUAACAUUUUUACCUUUGAUAAUAGUUAUAUUCACUGUAAUAUUAAAGUUAUCUAUACAAAAUUUGGUUUGCUGAACAUACAUUUUCUAUAUUAUAAGCUUGUAAGAGGGAGAUAACACAUAAUAUAUGGUGUGACUUUCUCUUAAAUAUAAUAUAGGUAUCUCAAUUGUGGGCAAACUACAUCCCGCUACUGCCUACUGCACUCAAUGCAGCUGGUAAACCAUAAUUUUAGUUUGUAGGAUAACUAUAAAUGAUACAAAAAAAAUAAGUGUAAGCAUCUUUUUGCCCUUCGUUAAAAAAGUUUGCCCGUUCCUGAGAUAUCUAGUACCAGUUUGAAACAAAUAUUUUGGUUAUUUAACUGAAAUUUUGAUUGCCAUUCAAUAUAAUAAAUUAUGUCCACUAUGUCAAUCAUUAAGUAGAAUAACAGUGAUUCUCACAAGUGCACAUUUUUUUUUUUUAUCAGUAUGAAUAAAUUUUUUUUAGAUUUAUUAUUUUGCAAACAAACAAUUACUAUUACAAUAGAUUAUAUAAUGAAUUUAUAGAAUGCAAUACAAUGUAUUGUAUAUUAUUCAUGUUAUGUUACUUUUGUGAAAUAAGGUUGCAAAGAAAUAUUAAUUUU